AUGGCCCCUGUAGCAUACUUAUCAAAAUCCUUAUCUCUGGCCAAGAAGAACUAUGACAUUUUUGACAAGGAACUACUUGCAGUCAUCAGGGCAGUUAAGGAAUGGCACCAUUUAUUGGAGGGAUCCAAAAUGCCAGUCCAAGUUUUGACAGAUCAUAAAAACUUGGAGUAUUUUUCAAUGUCACAAUCCUUGAAUAAAUGUCAAAUCCAAUGGGCAAACUUCCUAGUAGACUACAAUUUCCAAAUCAUCUAUAGACCCAUGGCACAGAACAAAAAAGCAGAUAUCCUUUCAAGACACUAUGAUUUGGUAACCCUUGAUGGGGGGGUAGAGAACCAAGUUCUCCUGAAACCAGAACUUUUUAUUGCAUCUAUCACUCCAGAUCAGGAAAUUAACAAUCUCAUUGGUGAAGCAAUCUACAAGGACAUUUGUCUCAAGGAAAUUUUGUACAAACUCCAGAACAAGGAAAAGGUCAUAGAUUGGGAAUUGAAGGAAGGCUUACUAUGGUUCCAAAAGAAAAUAUUUGUACCCAAAGAUGAGACCAUCAGGGACCUUAUUUUGGAAUCUAGGCACAACUUGGCAGCUGCAGGACAUCCAGGACAAGCAAGGACAUUAGAGCUUGUUGCAAGAAGCUAUUAUUGGCCAUCCAUGACAAAGUUUGUCAAUUCCUAUGUUAGCCACUGCAAAACUUGUAUACAAUCAAAACCCACCAACCAAGUACCUGUGGGCCUGUUAAAACCAUUGCAAAUCUCUGUGUCAUAA